AUGUCCUGGCGUGGCCAUCGAGGCAGGUCACUGAGAAGAGAGGAUUAUGGAAGCAACGAUGUGGGGAGCCGUCUCCGGAAGCUAGAUGAGCUCCCAGAGGGGCCAUGCGAGAAUCUUGCCGUUCCUAAGGGAGACCAAACGCGCCGCCUGAGCAUCUUGCGAGAGAAGGAGAUUGCGAGCAACCUUGCAUUUCUAUUAGCCACGACGGAUGAAAGCCUAAAAGUCAUGGCUGUCUGCAUUAAAGAAUACUAUAAUAGCGAAGGAAUCACGAUUCGGAUAGUAUUAAAUACUAGGGACCUCUCUGCGAAGACUACUGGAAGACUAGCCCUUAUUACUCAACUAUAUGAGGCGAUUAAUAACAAGUCCGUCAAGGCCAGGUUAGGGUUAAUAAAGAGCAGUUUGGAGGCUGGCAGAGAUAGACUAGAAAGCAUAUCGGAUCUCUAUGCGGAGAUAGGCAAAGCAUACGAGAUGAGCUCGAUGCUAGAACUAACCUUGAAGCAAUACUUGCCAGAAGCAAUUGGCAAGCUGGCCCGCUAUUACUCUGCUACCUUCGAGCUUGUUUAUACUACAAGGAAUAGGACAUUCAUUUGUUCUAGUAAGAGUACUUACUACCUGUAUAAUCUCUUCUUCUUCCUCUAUGGCGGCUUCUAUAUCCCUCGAAUAUACGGCAGGCUCUAUAAUAAAUGGACCCUCCCAGACUGGUUAGAUAUUCCGGUAGAGCGUUACGGAGAGCUGAGUCGCAUUACAACUCGGUUAAAAGCAACCCUAGACGACAAGGUCCGAAGGGCUUCGAAAUCAAAGAAGCAAUAUCACUUUCCAAAUGAGAGUGCUUCGACGUCUAUAGUCCAGCUACGACCCCCUUUUGUCCAAGAGGGAGAUCUGAGUGCCUUACUAUAUACUGAGAUACCGUUAACUCCGCCGAGAACACCCCUGGAGCCACCGUACGCUGGCAAUAGCGAUAUAGAGACGAAGCUUAAUAAGCUGUCUCUAACCUUAGAUUUUCUCCAGGUGUUUUCAGGUCAUUUAUUAAUUGCUCAGGUAAAGGACAUAAUUAUAUUAUAUAAAGGGUACUAUACUAUUAAUAUUGAAGAUAUUCCUACGACUACUGAACUCCGAUUAAGUUACUUACAGAACUCAAAUGAGCUUAAAUUUCAGUUGUAA